AUGUACCGGGUUGAAACUAGGCAUGCGGGCAUCUGUGGCGAGCGGCACACGCUUGCAGGUCCGAGGCGUGAAAUGCCCUUUGUCCAGUCUCGUUCGUUUGGUCUCUUCGUUUGGCCUUCUCGUUAUCUGUUUCUCGUCUUCUCGGCUCGUUUUUUUAUGUCUCGACCACGCCGGGCCGACGGUACACAUCAUCACCGCCUGGGAAUGCGCUUUCACCUCUUCAACCACUUAACUGUGGGUAACCUUGGCUUCGGUCAAGUAAGCCUCUCGGGACUCUGUUCUUUGUGUUGCACUAAAGGCCAGAUUAUUAUCUACCCUCUUGGAAGGACCAAAAAUCCAGGACCGCCAACUACUUCAAAAGCGUCGAAAUCCUCGGAUAAUUUGGAUCAAAGCGCAUCUGAAGUGAAGGCCGAGUUGGAGCGCCGAAUUGAAUUUUACACAAAAUUCGGUACCAUUUAUCCUCGUCUGCUGUUUCCACCAUUUUUCGUCUCCGGCUGCGAGGCAAGUCUGGAUGCUAUCACUGCUCCUGGGAGUGGGAGGUCUCUGAAGAUACUCUUUCAUGGAGUCCAUUUGCAAAUCAAGCCUUCACCUGGAGCCUUCAAAAGAGCUACGUUUUUGCCUUGCUUCAGGGGUUGUAUGAAUGGACAGAGGCACGAAAAUUCAUGA